AUACUAGGAUUCAUAUGUAGUAAAUGAAAUGUUGCGAUAAGCUCGCAUAACAUCCCGGUGAAAUUUUCACGCGGAUUCUUUCUCAGUAAACUGAAAUGACAGACACAAACAUUCCCCUGGAAAAUGGGAAUUCACCAAUACUGGCAUAUGACAUGUCGGUGACAAAUGUAGAAGAUUAUUUAGCAAGUGUCAGACAGGAAGAGAAUCUUCUUCCAAAUGUAAUUAUCGCAUCAGCAAAGAAACCAUCAGCGAGCAUUCCUGUCAAGAAUUCAACUAAAUUUGAACGCCUGCAAAAGAUAUCAAAUGAAGCGUCAGAUAGCGAUCCGCGGUUCGUAAUAAAUGGCGACGCACUUAACUAUUUUAAACACAUGAAGGCGCAGCUUCAUUCCAAUAUUCCUCAGGCUCAAUCACAACAUAACUGCGCCCUGGUGAAUUAUUGCGUUAAUACGUUUCCCAAAGAAAGUGACAUCAGCUCAACAGAAAACUUCCUACAGAAUUUGCGUGAUGAUCAGUGGAGUGAACUGUUUGCAUCGAAUCCUCCUGAUGCAUUAGAAAUAGCGAGCGCCGGGUUCAGCUUCCGUAAUUUGCAACAAAUCCUGCAUAAUUUGGCUAAUCUCAUAUGCGAAGGGAAGGGGAGCAAUAUUGAUGAAAAAACAUCCACGUGGCUGUUUGCUAUACUUCUCCUUUUAGAUGAUCUGUUUGCAAUACAGGAAUCCAUAUCAUAUGAAUUGCAACGCAUAAAAAGAGCUCUUGAUAGGUAUAUACCAUCAAUGAUUGAUAGUUUGGCCAGUGGUGACACAAAAUCAGAUAAACAUAUGAUAGAGCGUGAAACUGCUGAAAUGGUUAUAUCGGGGCAUGUCUUGAACCUAUGUAUAAUAAGGCAACAUUUCAAACAGUGUUAGUUUAAUGUUGACGUUAGCCUAUGGUACGCUAUUGAUUCGAGAAAACAUGCUAUGUAAAAAUCCUCACAACUUCAUUCAUGAAUUUUG